UCUUGUAGCGGAUGUUGUUGUCAUCUGACUGGCAGCACUUCCGCGUCGCGCAUUUCACUCUUGCAAUAUUUCAUCCGCAAUUUAUCUUCUUAUUCAUUUCAAACAAGCUCACAUAUUUCAUGUGGAGGUAACACGGAGAUAAAUGAAAUGUCUGCGAAGCCAACAUGUCUGAUAGUGGCGAGUGCUUCUCCUCAAGGGGUGUCAGCAAAGUCUUUCCAUCAGUCCUUCACUCUUUGUAGCUCAGCAUUUAACCUCCAGACAGCAACACCCGGGGGGAAGCCUAUAGAAUUUGUUGGAGUGGAUGAAAGCACUGCCAGAUGGGUGCAGGACUUCAAUGUGAAACCCUACGCAACACCAGCCAAACUUGAAUCUAUAGAUGGUGCUCGAUACCAAGCGCUGCUUAUCCCGGACUGCCCUGGAGCGCUGAACGACCUGGCGCACAGCGGCUCUCUGCACCGAAUUCUCACACAUUUCAUCUCUCAUCAAAAGCCUGUGUGUGCAGUCGGACAAGGAGUGUCGGCGCUGUGUUGUGCCACUGAGGGACAGAAUUGGAUCUUCAGCGGCUACAGUUUAACGGGGCCAUCUGUGUUUGAACUGGUGCGGAGGCCAGAUUUCGCCAACUUGCCCUUGAUUGUGGAAGACUUUGUGAAGGAUAGUGGUGGAUCCUACACAGCAAGUCAAGAAGAUGCUCUGCACGUAGUCAUUGACAGACACCUGAUAACUGGACAGAACAUGCAGUCGACCUCACUUGCUGUAAAUAAUCUUAUCCUGCUCUUUAGUGCCAAAUAAUAAAAAGAAAAAGGUUUACAGCAGAA